ACAUCUACACUUGCAAGGGGCUUCGCGCUCAGGUGACAGACGCGACUCCUACAGUCCCAGAGCAGCCAAAAACUUCAGCUAUGAGUGAAAAUGCUUGCGUAACUAUCCUCAAAGAGCUUAUUUAGAAGAAAGAACCACCAGUGCUUUACAAAGAACCCUUCUCCAAAUGCCGUCCGCUGCGCGACUGGGAGAAGAGGAGGGCAUGGGAUUUAUUUACAAGCAGUUCCUCUGUCGGGGUUGAGUGAAUUUAUAUACUUUGAGUAAAUUGAUGUAUUAAUUGGAACAACGGAGGGACGUCAGAAGACGGCUCGGGGCAGGAUAAGGAGAGCGCGGGAGAAACUGUCACUGGAUGCUGUAUGAUGCUUCGUGAGGGGCGAUGAUGGAGAUGCUGAUGGACCGGAGACCUCCCACAGUUCUGCUUCUCACCUUGCUCUGGUUGUUUCCAGGUGAUUCUCAGCGGGUCGAGAUGCCACGGAAAGACAUGGAGGUAAUCAUGGGACAAAUGGCUGUUCUGGAGGCCUGGUACACCCCCACUACCUCCAUCGAGAAGAACGCGGUCAUCUGGACCUUCAUGGCCAAUCACUCCAAACAAGUCAUCUCCUACUUCUCAGGACAGAUUGGCAUCGGUAGCACUGACUUUCGGAGGCGGGUGGGUUUUUCCAUGUCCAUGCCCUCUGCCAAUCUGUCCAUCUACAUCAAUAACACGCAGGAGGCUGACUCCGGACGCUAUCACUGCCACGUCAUCAUUCCUGGAGCUCCAGGUCUGUCUGGAGAGCUACAACUCAAUGUUAAAGUUCCUCCAUCCACACCUGUGUGCUCUAUGACAGGAAAUCCUGUACUGAGUGGCAAUGUAACAUUGAGCUGUAAAUCCAGCUAUGGCAAACCUGUUCCUCAGUACAAAUGGACCAAAGCAGCUCCUCUUUCUGAGGUCUUCUUCUCUCCCAUGCAAAAGUGGAGGUCCUGCCCCCAGCCUGUGCUUGUGCUGGGAUACCUGGAUGAGAGGCAGGGCACCCUUCGACUUAGCAACCUCACCAAAAGCAUGUCUGGCAAGUAUGUUUGCCGCGCCAGCAACACGGCUGGGACUGACAGCUGCCACAUCAAUCUAGAGGUCUCCACCUCUAACAACGUCUGGGUGAUCGCCGGGGCCACAGUGGGCUCCGUGGUGGGUCUGAUGGCUCUAGUUUUAUUCCUGAUCUUCAUCCUGAGGAGAAACCGUGACACGGAAGAGGAGAUGGCCAAUGACAUCAAGGAAGAUGCACAGGCACCAAAACGUGUCUCCUGGGCUAAAAGCGGCACAGGAUCGGACAUCAUAUCAAAGAAUGGCACAUUGUCCUCAAUAGCCACCAGCCCUCCUGUACAGGACCCUCAGCAUCCACUCCAAAACAACCAUUACCCAUACCCUCCUGGUGCCUCGGACAUUGCCUCCAUCCUCACCACCACUGGAAGCACAACCACCUACCGCCUCCGCCCAGGGGAGCCCAACCCUCUACACGGCCUGCCUGGAUACAACGCCAGCGGCACACCAAAUCACGCACUCCGCCCCCAUCGCCAUCACACUCCUGCAGUCCUCAAUCCUAACAGCUGCUCCACACAGAGGACUGAGGGGCCGCAGCCGCAGACCCCGCGCCCACUCAACAGGCCUAUAAACACUGCCACCCUGUCCCGCAUGGGGGCCGUGCCCAUCAUGGUGCCCACCCAGAACCAUGCCGGAUCACUGGUGUAACGGCCCUCAAGACUAGUAAUGUACUAACGACUAGCCAAACAUACGUGGAGAAGGGUUUCGACAAAUGUGACGAUAAAUUUGGCUAACUUUUUAUACAGAAUAAAGUAUAGUAAAAUAUAGUUACAUGUCGAAAAAAAAAUCUUCGAUUUGUUUUCUAAAGUAUUAUAUGUUUUUUUAUAAGCUUAAUCUGUGUUUUGAUGCCUAAACACUUUGUAAAGUUCUUUUUGUCAUCGUUUCGAACCGUUUCAGGGACCAAGAACAGUAUUUUGUCAGUGUGUUAUACAUUAUGACGGGAUGCAGACGUCCACUUUUUGUAACAGUUGUGUUUACAGAUUCAGAUUUGUCCAGUUAUUUAGACAUUCAGUUAAAUUCAUGACGAUAAUGUUUAGCAUCAGCUGUUCUUGUGCCUCUUGUGCCUCCGUUUCUCUCAGGAGUUUUCGCUUUUGUCUGUCAAGCGGUUGACAGAUUUCUGAAGCAGAGCAGGUUUCAUUUCAAAUGAAAUAUUUUCUGACCAUUCAGAUGAGUUAAGAAAUUUUGAGAAAAGGGAAGGCUGUAAAGCAGAAAAUAAAAUGGGAGCCUUUAAAAAUGCUGUUUUAUGAUGUAGAGCAUAAAAAUGCCAGUGUCUGCCAUGCUUGUUUACUGGAACAAGAAGGACUCUUAAUUUGUAAAACAUCUGAACAUGGAAGUUACAUGGAAGUGUCCAUUGAUUAAUUUGUGUAUUCAUGAUAAUUUACAAAAAAAAAAAAAAAAAAAAAUAGCCUUGUGGUUUAAUGACUUAAAUAUUGGAAGAAAUGUUUUGGUAAUAGUGUUAAUGCUGAAUGUUAUUGUGAAUAUUCUGGUUGAAGAUAUUGUUUACUCUGUAAUUAAGCCUUUUCCACUUAUUUUGUUAUUUUCAAAUUGCCAUUAUAUGGAAUUGAAAGCAUUAUACAUAUAUAACUGUCUACAUGAUGAAUGCAGAGAUGUAAGAAGCGGGUUCUAAGUGGAAAAUGCCUCAGUGAGGUUCAAGUGUUUAAGUGGUGGUGCUUGUUUUGAUCACUUACCAUAAUGUUCUGCUUAUUAAACCAAUACAAAAUU